CAAUGGCAACGAGAUGUGUUUAUGAUAUUUAAUGUAAUGCGUUCUACGAGAGCGAGCGUGCGGCUUCGGAAAUGCCCCAGAAUUCUGUUGAAUUCGAGAUGCAAAUAUGCCACGACUUUAUACAGCACUCCAGCUCCGCAUGCAUCGCGACUAACAGACGCAGACGUGGAUGAAGCUCGAAAAUACUGUGCCAACCUUCUCCUGAAGUUCGAUUCGCCGUCCUUUACACUACAAACCUUCAUCCCUCCCUCCUCGAGAGAUGCCUACCUCUCGAUUCGGGCGCUCAACAUUGAGCUUGCCAGAAUACCGGAUCUUGUAUCCAACCCGACAGUCGGCGAACUUCGAAUGCAAUUCUGGCGUGACAACCUGACUAGAACAUUUGCGAGCACCCCCCCGAAAGAGCCCGUAGCCAUCCUGCUCCAUUAUGCUCUGGCAUCACUACAAUCAAGACAUCCUGGCAUAAGUACGAGUGUAAUGAAAGGAUGGUUUAUGAAAAUUGUCAAUGCAAGGGAGCAAUACAUGGACAAUCGACCAUAUACGAGCUUGGACGCAUUGGAAACAUAUGCGGAAAAUACCUAUUCAACCUUGAUGUACUUGACGUUGGCGGUUCUGCCGUUGCAAUCAAUGGCCGCGGAUCAUGUUGCAAGUCAUAUUGGAAAAGCAACAGGAAUUGCUGCCGUACUUAGGGGCUUGCCACUGAUAGCUUUCCCCCCACCACCAAACCAUCACAGCAAUAAUGCUGUGUUCAACGGAGCUCUUGGUGGAAGUCAAGGGACAUGUCAGGGUGCAGUGGUGCUACCAUUGGAUGUUAUGGCUGAAGCUGGGGUGAAAGAGGAGGAGGUGUUGAGACAUGGGGCUGAGGCUCUCGGUCUCAAGGAUGCCAUAUUUACGGUGGCAACACGAGCGAACGAUCAUUUGAUCACGGCAAGAGAAAUGCUGAAGAAUCUACAGCAAGGAAAAGACGUAGGGCACGAGUUUGAGCAUGCGGGGGAGGAAGGUCAUCAAUAUUCCGAAACCAGCUACAAAGAUCACUCCCAGGCGGAUGACAUAGAAAGGAGUUUCGGUGUAUUUAUGCCUGCUGUAUCUACAAGACUAUGGCUGGAAAAGCUGGAAAAGCUCGAUUUCGAUGUGUUUCGACCGGAACUGCGAGCUCGGGAGUGGCGACUGCCAUGGAAAGCAUAUUGGGGAUACUCCCAGCGAAAAUUAUAACUCGUCAAACCUUGAUAACUUGACAAAAUAUCACCUCUUAUCCAAC